GAAACAUGUCUUUUUAUUGUAGGAAUAUCUUAUUCUGCGAGGGGCUAUUGCAUUAACAUGGUGCUAGAGACUAUGAAAACAUUCUCCUCUGAAGAUUGCUUGACAGAAGAAGCAAUUGUUACAAAGCUUCGUACUUGUCAAUAUCAUCACUUAUUUUUGCAUACAUCUUUAAAGCAGGAUUCUUGUGGAACAUGCAAAUGGGGAGAAUUCGGUGAGGGGGGUCUCCUAUGGGGAGAAUGUAGUUCAAGACAUUUUGAAUGGUUUGAUGGCAACCCUCUCUCUGAUCUCUUGGUCAAGGUAAAGGAGCUUUAUGGCCUUGGUGAUGAGGUUAAUUUUCGGAACACAACUGUAUCCUCGGCACAUAGGGCUCGACCUUUAACUCUUGGAACAUCUACUCAAAUUGGUGCCAUUCAAACGGAAGGAAUACCUUCUUUGUUAAAGGUCUUACUUCCACUUAGUUGCAACGGAUUACCAGUUCUGUGAGUGACGGAUUCCUUUUUCCUUUUGUUGUAUCAUGUUUAAAAUUACU